UGUAUAUCUGGGGUAGGAGGUGAAACAUAAACACCCCGUAAGAAGGUUGAUGUCCGAAUGACCUCUUUAUUCCUUUCUUCAUUAACCCUCAGCCCUUCCAACAAGCCAUCAUGGACCUAUCCGACGUUGAGGGCAACAUGAAGGACGUCUCCUCUCAUGAGAUUGAGAAUGUGAACACUGCUGAGGCAGUCUCGUUCACCCCGGAGGAGGAGAAGGCGUUGGUGAGGAAGAUUGACCUCACCCUCCUGCCCACCAUCUGGAUCAUGUACCUCCUGUCCUACCUUGAUAGAACCAAUAUCGGAAAUGCAAAGAUCUCUGGUAUGGAGGUAGAUCUCGACUUGACGUCCAACCAAUACUCGAUUGCCCUGGUAGUCUUCUUCAUCGGAUACGUGAUCUUCGAGGUGCCUAGCAACCUUGUCCUGGGCCGAUCCCGGCCAUCUAUUUUCCUUCCGUCAAUCAUGAUUCUCUGGGGCGCAUUGACUUGUGUGAUGGCUGUUGUCAAAAGUUUCACCCACCUGGUAGUCCUUAGAGUUAUCCUCGGAUGUGUCGAGGCCGGCUUUGCCCCCGGUGUGCUACUUAUCCUGUCAUCAUGGUACAAACAAACGGAACAGUCAAAGAGAUUCGGUGUGUUCAUCUCAGCAGCCGUUCUCUCUGGUGCCUUUGGUGGUCUGAUCGCUGCCGGAAUCGUCGAUGGCCUUGAAGGCGUCCAUGGUAUUCGUGGUUGGCGAUGGCUAUUUAUUAUUGAAGGCGCCGCCACUGUCGGUUUCGCUAUUAUAUCCCUCUUCAUCCUUCCCGACUUCCCGGCCACGUCGCGACAUUACUCCGAGCGCGAGAAACAGGUCGCCGUGGCACGCCUAGCCACUGAAAAUGUCACCGCUACCACUGAGGAUACCGAACAUCUGAGCCCCUUGGAAGCUUGUAAAGUGGCAUGCCAAAACUGGCGCACCUGGGCCUUCAUAAUUGGAUACAUGGUCAUCGUCGGUUCAAGCACCCUAACCUACUUCUACCCAACCCUCGUCGAAGGACUUUUCGGAAAUGCAUCCACCAAGAAAGUCAACCUACUAACCGUCCCAAUCUACGGCGUAGCAUUCAUCGCCACCGGCAUCACCUCCUACUACAGCGACAAAGUCCCCACCUGGCGCGGGCUAAUCAUUGCCGGCUGGCUAACUAUCUCCCUAAUGUGCUCAGUGAUUGUCUGCGCUCUAUACAACUUCACAGCCCGAUAUAUCCUCCUAGUUAUCAUGGCCGCCGGCCUCUGGGCUACAAAUGGAGGUACACUAGCCUAUGCCUCCUCUGCCUUUGCAGGGAUGCACCCACAAGCCCGAGGUGUUGCAUUAGCUAUGGUGAACGCACUGGGUAAUCUGGCACAGAUCUAUGGAUCGUAUUUGUUCCCGGAGGAUGAUAGUCCGAAGUAUAUUAUGGGGUUUUCGGUUAUUUCAGCCAUGUUGGCGGUGGGUGUGGUUGUGUUUUUGUUCUUGCAUAUUUGGUUUCGGCGUCGUUUGAGGGAGGGGAUCAUUCAGUGA